AUGACCACAGAACUAUAUCCCAAUGACUUGUUUGGUGGCCCCGAUCAGUAUGAUUUCGUGAAGGACCUUGCUGCUGAGCGUUUUUGGCUGGUAAACGAGAUCGUGAAGCCUGAACUGCCCAACAUUCUGGAUAACGUGGAGAAAUGUUUAGAAAUGUUACACAGCGAUCAAGUGUUCAAGAUGCCCAUAAGUAGCGGAGUCAACGGCGGUACCAAUGGGCCUUCUGUAAAGGGCAUAGUGACGAGACAGGGCCAGUACCUGUUAGAUUUUAAAGCCAUUGUGAAGUUUCCAGAAUUUCACAAGGGCAAACAGGUCCUCCUGAGGAUGAAUACGGGUACGAAAUUUCUGCUUUCCCAGAUCCAAUCUAUUGAAAAUAAUCUAGGCUACAUUUUAGAACUUCUCGAAGAGCUUCAAAUAAUCGAUGAUGCCCAAAAAUUUAUCGAGAAGCUUGGGAAAGUACUGGAGCUUUUGAUCAGCUCCAUAAACCUCUUAGAGAGUCCCCCCAGGAGGCUUUCCUUCCCAGAUAAUAACAACUUUGCCAUGAAGCAAAUGUUCCAGGACUAUAAUAACCUGUGUGAGAACCCACACUACGAGAUAGCUCUUGAGAUUCUGCUUUACAAGAACGAACUAUGCAUAGACUUUAGGAAUGUCCAUAAAGUCUCGAAAAAACCCUGGUGCCAAAUCGACUCAAAAACAGGAAAGUCGCUCACUGACGAUAUCAAGGAUCAGCUUACUACUGAUCGCUCCAAGAGCCUUGCGAACGUCCUGAAGAGCGAAGGGAUCCAAAUCGAAGAACCCACACUUAUAAAAAACCUGAUGUCUUCUUUCAACACAGAAUCGACAACUUUAUCACAGGCACAAAACUACCUCAAUAGAUGUGUGACAUUCAAUGGCAAAGUAGUGAUGGAAUGUGAAAAAAUUGCCAUGACGACAAGCGACCCAUCGUUGAUUAGUAUUACAUCAAAAUUAAGUGCUCUGGAGAACAGCGUAAGCACCUUUUACACCAAUUUGAAAAUAUGA